AUGGCUGUCCACGAAUCACGUCCGAGAUUCGAACAUUGCACUCGUUUGUGUUUUUCAUUAAUGGGUAAACGUGGAUUUCAUAUAUCGAUGGGAACGAUCAAGAACGAAAUGGAAGCUGCCGACACAUCGACCUUCAGCUUGUCCUCGAGGAAAGACCUUUUAACGAAGAUUAAGAAAAAAAACGACAAAAAUAAUUCCAAUGGAAGAGCCAAUAAAGAUCUUUUAUCCGAUCUCACUUCCGGUUCGUUUCUCACCAAUGAACUUCGUAAAUCGAAUGAUAACGAUCUCGUUUCUUCUUUUACCAGUCUUCCCUUAGAAAGUUAUGGGUUUCCGUACUACAGAAGUUAUAAAAACGGUGGACGUUCUCAAGAUGCUGUACUGGUGAAGGAUAUUGGUAUAUCCUGUAAAUUAUUAAACGAGAAAAUGUUGUCCCAUAAUUUUUCUAAAGACACCAUUGUAGAAAGUUAUCUUAUCAAACGUUUAAAAACGGAAUACAACGAUUUAACGGAAAUAACGAAGAAGAUUAGUUCUUAUACGAACGAUAUCAUACGUAAUCUGAUAUUGAGAGAUCGAAAGAAGAAAGAACAAAUAAGAUCAUGCGGACAUAAAGUAUUAACCGAGGAGGAAACUAAGGAAGGUUAUUUAAAAUUAAGAUUAAAAAGUGAUGCUGAAGUUCGUUGCUUGUAUCGAAAAGACUUAUUUGAUUCGUCGAAUAAACGUAAGAAUUUCAAAUCGACGAGUCGACUUUUGAAGGAUCAGAAAAAAAUUCAAGAAAGAUUAUUCUCGAACAAUGCUACAAAUUUGGAAAUAAAAAAUUGCUCGAAUUCGGACAAUUCGUCUAUGGUUUACGAUUAUUUAAUGAUGAAUAAUAAGAGAAGAAUGCACAGAGAGAGAGAAUUAAUUGACAAGGAAACGAAACGUGGAUUUCAUCGAAAAUUCGACGUAAUUCAAAACGGGAAGGAAACUCAUGAAUCGAUGAACCUGACAAAUUGGAAAGAAAUAUCAAGGGGAAAGUUAAGAAAGAAUAAAUCUGCUCCAAAAAUGUCGAGACACGCGAUAUCGAAUGAAAAACUUAAACGAAGAAAUCGAAAAGAUUAUCGUUUAGGAUUAGAAGAGAAAUUCAAUGAUGAUUCUACGAUUACGUUGGUAAAUGGAUAUUUACAAGAUACAAAUUUUCAUACAGUUAAUAUAAGAAUCCUAAAGCAUGAACAAAGUUGA